AACACACGACUCAUCCAUCCAAACGGAGCAUACCUUAUUACCAGAGAUCCCUCUAAAAAAACCCUUUUCAGGAAAAUAACCAAAUAGUUGUUGAAACUAUUAAAGGGACUUUGUUUCAGAUACCAGUAAAUCUUUGGCAGCCUCGCUGAGAAGAAAUGGCGCUCAAGCUCAAUGCUUCGGCUGUGUACUCACUGCAGAACCUUCAAUUACGUCAUAGAAAUCACAACUGCUUAUGGAGUUUUAAGCCAAACCGAUUGUAUCAGAAUACUGCAAGAACUUCCUGCAGUAUGAAUAUGGCUGCCAACCAGCCUGGUGAUCCUAAGAAAAUGAGCAUCACUCAUAUUGUGGACAAAGCAAGAAGUUUGUGGGAUACUUCUCCUCAGCCGGUCAAGACCUUUCCUUGGAACAGAACAUUGAAUCAUUUCAUUCAACUCGUUCUCGACCUUGUCUUGGCAGUUAUCAGAAUCCUAGCCCUACCUGUAUUUUCCAUUACAUCAAUCAGCGAAAUAUCUUAUUGUGCGCAUGAAAGGAAGCUAUACCUUGUCCCACUUCCGUUUCUAGUUGGUGUCGCUGCAGCUGGGGUGUUACAAAAUGCUGCUUUGGAAUCGUCUUCAUAUCUCAAGUAUGCAGAAGUACCGUGGCAUCUUAUUGCUCUUCUGAUAUUCUUUGCACUGCUCAAGUUUCCUGGCCCUUAUUACCCAUAUUGGGGUCGUAUAUUCAUUCCACACAUGGCAAACGGAGCAAUUUUGAGGACAUUGUGGUUCUUGUUUCUGUGGUUCCGGAAGCCCCAAAAGGCAGCAGAAAAUAACCAUGCCAACUCUGUAGUCGACAAUCCUGAAGCAGACAAGGUCUUGUAGCAUCGUAAAAUAGAUUCUGUUCUUACUGUUGCCCGUGCAUCCAGUCCGUGGAUAUCAUCAUGAAACAUGUCUCUAAUUGAAGUUAAAGCUGGUGUUUUGAUUUGUGAAUAAGCAUCUCUGUGCAUAUUUUCAACUAUCUUUAUGUAUAUAUUCAAUAGGUAUUUAUUCUACGUUGGAGGGUAUGGACAAGUCUUCAUUUUUAUUUCUGGAAUUUUACACAGGUGUAGAUGCAGUUUAGCCCUUCGGCCAUCAGCUCAACUACUUGGAAGAGGUUUAGGUUUUACCCAUAUGUUUGAUAUUAUUUCAAGACUCUUUUACUUUUUUCUCUCUGUAUUCUCGAGUGGUUGCAACAUAAUACCAAAGUAGUAGUACAAUUUGUAUGCCAUUCAACUCUAGUCUGACAUUGUUUUAUAAUUUAAAAUCCUGAAUAAAUCAUAAAAAUUAUCUA